GCUGGGCGGGCCGGCGGCGGACCCGGGAGCUGGAGAAGUUUGCGCGGCUCGCUAGCUAGCGAGCAGAGGGGAGGGUGCGGGCCCCGGCGGCGGCUUCCCUGCGCCCGCUGCCAUGGCUUUCCGCCGGAGGACGAAAAGUUACCCGCUCUUCAGCCAGGAGUUCGUCAUCCACAACCAUGCGGACAUCGGCUUCUGCCUGGUGCUCUGCGUCCUCAUCGGGCUUAUGUUCGAGGUUACGGCCAAGACUGCCUUCCUAUUUAUUUUACCUCAGUAUAACAUUAGUAUGCCCUCAUCAGAAAGUGAGACUGUUCAGUAUCAUUAUGGGCUGAAGGAUCUGGUCACAAUCUUGUUUUACAUCUUUAUCACCAUCAUCCUGCAUGCUGUGGUACAGGAGUACAUCUUGGAUAAAAUCAGCAGGCGACUUCAUCUCUCCAAGGUCAAACACAGCAAGUUCAAUGAGUCUGGACAGCUGGUAGCCUUUCAUCUCAGCUCCUUGGUCUGGUGCUUGUAUGUCGUUGUGACGGAAGGAUACUUAACAAAUCCAAGAAGCCUCUGGGAAAACUACCCUCAUGUGUAUCUCCCCUUCCAGGUGAAGUUUUUCUACCUUUGCCAGCUGGCAUACUGGCUACAUGCCCUUCCGGAGCUGUACUUCCAGAAGGUGCGGAAGGAGGAGAUUCCACGUCAGCUGCAGUAUAUCUGUCUGUACUUGGUUCACAUAGCUGGAGCAUACCUCUUAAACCUGACCCGUCUGGGCCUGAUCUUGCUGUUACUGCAGUACGUGGCAGAGUUUCUUUUCCACAUGGCACGGCUUUUCUACUUUGCAGAUGAGAACAAUGAGAAGCUGUUUAACUCCUGGGCGGUGGUGUUUGUGGUCACCCGCCUCUUCACCCUCACCCUCGCUGUACUGGCCAUUGGGUUUGGACUGGCUCGUAUGGAAAAUCAAACUUUUGAGCCGGAGAAAGGCAACUUCAAUACUUUGCUCUUCAGGCUAUGCGUGCUGCUGUUGGUGUGUGCUUCCCAGGCCUGGAUGAUGUGGCGCUUCAUCCACUCCCAGCUGCGACGCUGGCGGGAGUACUGGAAUGAGCAGAGUGCCAAGAAGAGAGUAAUGGUUGCCCCCAGACUACCAGCCAAGCUAAUCAAGAGGGAAUCUGGUUACCACGAAAAUGGAGUUCUGAAAGCAGAGAAUGGGAUGUCCCCACGCACUAAGAAGUUGAAGGCUCCUUAAAGCCAGAGUGUGGAGAACAGGAAUCCUUCCUAGUGGGGUGUGCAGUAUCGCGGCCACAGGCCCAGGACUAAGUUACUGCCCCUGUUUUUCUGCUUGCUACACUCCCAUCUCGAACAGCUGAAACAUGUCUUUGGAAAGUCAGUCUCUCUCUCUCUCUCUGUCUCUCUCUCUGUCUCUCUCUCUCUCUCUCGUCUUUCUGUCUCUCUUUGCCCCCUUUUUUAUAAUACAUUUUCAAUAAAACCAAAAAUCUUCUUCUUUCUUUUAUGUUCUUGAGCCAACUCACUUCCUCAUAUCCUUCGUUUGCUGGGGAACCUAGAAUCCCUUUAUAGUCAUCUUUUCUCUGUCCGUUUGCUUUUUUUGUUCACCAAUGUUUUUCUUACAUUAUUGUGCAAUUACUCGAAGUCUGAUUUUUGUGUUUAAGGAGGCCCGCUUUUUCACCAGUGCUGUUCAGCUUCAGCUUCUCACGGGCCUAGUGCAUUUCCAGGGAGCAUCCACUUAGGGCUGUUCCUUGUUCACAGAUAUCCACAUCCUUGGACUGUUGCACCCUGUGGUUCAGCACGUAGGAUGGACACUAAGAGGAGAAAUGACUGGACGCUAACAUUUGCCCUUCUUGACUAGUCAUUUAAUAGCUGCCCAGAUGUUGCAUUCCCACUUCCCCGUGGGCCGUCCCAAGCCGCAGAGGUACCACAAUGGAUUCAGAUGUCACGUGCAGAAUUUGGCAUCGGGACGUAGUAAUUCAGCCAUGAGACGUAGUCUUGACUCUCGGAUCCUGGAGCUGAAGGGAUACUUGCCUGCUGUUAAUCCGUUAGGGAGGUGCUGUUGGAGGAUCAGGUUCCUUUCCUCCUCAUACCCUAAGGCAAAGGCAAAGCAGACUGCGGCCGGGGCCUGUUCUGGAAGGCGGGCUGUGAAACAGAUGUGAUGCUCAUCAAUUCCUUUCUUCUACAUCCCAACCUGCAGUUGCUUUAUUGACAGAUUGAUAAGCAUCCCAAAUAAAACAACAAGCAAAACAUGGUGAAGACAACCAAGGACAUAUUAAUCUUAGGCCCCUCUCUGGAACAAGACUUGGCUUCCUGUUUCUAAAACCUCUUCGAUUUCCUCAUUUCUUUAGGUGGUCUCACUCAGUCCUGGACCUUUCCACCCUCCCCCUCAUCCUGUUUGUUUAACAUUGAGAGGCAGAAUGGGCGCCUGCCUGACUCUUUGGCCUUACUGGUGGCUCUUUUUUUCUGUGUAACUUGUUCUCAUCAUCGAUGGUCAGUGGUUAUUGAGUGUACCCCAUGAUACAAAAGAUGCUAAGUCCAUCUUCUUGAUAUCUCUGCCCCCAAGAGAAAGCCUUCGAGGCUCUGUGUGGUGUCUUAUAAAAUUCUGUGGGGGAAGAAAGGGAGUUAGAUUUUAAAGAACCUUAAGAAUCCUGAAAUCUCUAUAGAGGUGAAAGGGAGUAGCUCUGAGUGCCCAGAAUCAAUAUCAUCUCUUACCCUGCUGCAGGAACAUGCCUUCAUCUGGUGGUAAAGACUGGAUUGAGUUGUGUUUUAAGAGACUGAGUUAAGAUAUCUCUACUUCUUUGGGUUUCUUUGGCAAGGUCAGCCAUUCUAUCCUCAAACUACCCUCAAAAAAAGGAGUUGGGUUUCCAUAUAGAAGCCCCAAGGUAGUUGGAUCAUAGAUAAGAUGGACUUGCAUUUGCCAUUCAACAGGAUUAGUUGGAAAGGGUAUCUUCUAUCACUUGGACCCUCUUCUCCUUCUAGGACCAGGUUAUGAAUAGGGAAGAGAAUAGAUCACUGAGCCUGUUGAUUUCCUUUGAGAAUCGACAAGGCGUUGUUGAAUGAGAGUAGGUAGCUCCUCCUUUCCUUGACUCCUCUUCCCUUGGAAUUUUCUCAAGGCCACAGAAUGGAUAGAGUAGUUUUGGCAUCAACUAGGCAGGCCUCUGUAUGGUUGCGAGCCUUCUCAGUUUCUCUCAGAUGGCUAGAGGAUAAUCUGUAGCAAAUGAGUUCCCACUUUCUCCAGCCCUUUAUGGUCUAAUCAUCUACCAACAAAGGCUGUGGCUUCCAGACUUUUCUGUAAGAGCAGUGAGCUGUUAAUUAUUAAGGCAGUUAGCUUCUUAAGGCACCACCUAACUCUUCUGUCUUUUCUCAUACCCAUAAUCUCUGGUACUCAGUCCUGUCACUGACAGAGCCAUGCUCACUCCCUGCCAAAAGUUGUCACCUGAGGUGAACACCAGUCAUGCUGCUCACAUAGAUUUGCCCAUGUUUUGUCUUCAGAUCCUUUUAAUUUCACAGGGAACAGGUGACAGGUCCCGAGGAGGUUCCAGCAGGUUUCCAGGUGGUGUGGUGUAUCCUAGAGGGACUUAACAGACCAAGAGUAGGCAAGAAACAAUGGUUCUUUGCAGGGUAUAUGUACAUCAGGAGAAUCCAGGAAGAGGACUGGUGUCUAAUGGUGUUUAAUUUGCAAGUUUUGAUUUAGUGGAGGUACAGUGUUAUGUAGCUUACACUCGUUCGCUAUCAGUGAACUACCUGGCAAAUUUAUUUCAGUGCAAGGCCUUGUUAAAAGACUGGACUAAGUUGUGUUGAAAGGGGCUGGGUUAAGAUAUGUCUGCUUUAUCCCUCAUCUUUGGGCUUCUUGGGAAGGUCAGCCAUUCUGCCCUAAUUCUUGGGAGAAGAGGUGAUGACCAGUGACCCGUGAACCCACUGAACCAAAGUGCUAAGACACCAGUGAAGUCCCUGCUUUCAUCCUCACCAUCCAAUCUGAGGCCUGGUUUCUAUUACCCUCAUUCCCCUGUGGGAAUGGGAAUGAGAGUCUAAUCUACCUCAACCACUGUAUUUCUCUCAGUGGGGUCUCUUGGCUUUUGUGGCAUCAGUGUACUUGGAAUUAAAGGAAAGAAUAAGGAUGUGUUAGGGGGCCACUGUGGGAUAGGCUCUUCCUUCGAGCUGGGGGAGCCAGGGUUAUGGUUUGGGGGUAUUUCAUAUGUAGCCCAACAUCUGGGCUCUAGAACAAGCAUCUGUACAUUUGGCCCCAUGUGCCUCCCUCUGUAGAAGAGGUCUAGACAGAUGGCAGUGAUGGGAAGGGGUCUCUUUAGCUUCAGACAGAUUGUUCUAGUGAGAGGUGAUAGGGCCAAGUUGAAAGGGAGGCUGCUUCUCAACCCUGGAAGUCCACUCUCAUCUGUUUACAGUAUUAUCUGACUUAGCUCCUGGAUAUAAGUGGUUCCUGAAAGCCUGAUGUACUUCUUGUCACGGGGUCAGCCAUUUCAGACUUUGAAGAACCCAGCGUACACUUCUGUGCUCUGUCCAUCUUUGAAAUCCCCGUGGGAUACAACAAAGCUUCAAAGUACGGUUUCCUGCUAACUCUCCUUCGCAUUGUCAGCUCAGCGUAAGGGCUCUAGGCAGUGGGAGCUUGAGCAAGAUGUUGGUCUGGAUUUCUUCCAGAUGUUUAAGUAUCCCCCAUCUGCUUUCAGUAGGGUUUGGAUGAGAGGAGACUAUUGGGCAGACUUGGAUCCAGCCAUUAGUUUCCAUUGACUUCCCUCCUAGAAUCUUAGUGUCAGAAUCAGAAUGGUCCUGACUCUAGAUCCUGUAAGGAAUCCCUCCCCGUCUGGGGGUGCCAGAAAAGUACUGAAGUGAAUGAGGAAAGCUGGAAGGAUGGCUAUCUAUAGGCUUCCUUCCUUCAUCCUACAUGCCUGAUUCAUGUCCUUUUAUUUAUCCUUUAUCUGAACUGUGUCCUUGUUUCUGAGGCCAUAAGACUUUAGGGGGUCUUGGUCUUUUCAGCCUUUUGGUUAACCUCACUGGUGGGGCUAGGUGACUGAUAAAGAAAAAAAAAAAGACUUCAUCCUGCCUUGCUGUAUACUUAGGCAGCCUGCCAAGGCUUCCUCCUUGGCCUGCCUUGACCUUCUAAGCAGGACCUCAGUGCAGGGUUGUCUAAAAUCCUCACCACCCUAAAGGCUUAAGAGAGCCCUCUCCUUGCUAACCUUCCUGGGUGGUCCUUGGGUUCAAAGAAAACUGUAAAAUAAACGCAGCAAGACCCUGCGUCAGUGUUGGCUCCCCCAUGCCUAAUACCUCCUUGUAGCAGUUUUGUAAUUCUUAGGAGUAGAUGAUUUCUCCUUUCUGUGUAACAAGUGCCUUACUUUGCCAAUGCAUUCUUUUGAACGCUGACAUACGUACUGUACAGAGUUCUCCAUUUCUUCCUGCUAACAUGACUGUGUGGUCUGUGUGCCUCCCAAGGACACCCAGGAGCGGCCACAUAUGAAAGGGACACAGCAUGUGACGGUCUUGCUUCCUUGGUCUCUGUGCCUUUAUCUUCCUUCCAUUGUUACCCUAGUAUGCUUUUGGCCAUAUCUCUUGGCUUUCGUCUCACUUGAUUUUAGGGUUCUUCAUACCAGGUGGCAGAAGCUUGGCAGCCUCUCUAGGGAUGGGUAUAGACUGGGGUGGCAGGCCUUCCAGUAACAAGCAGCGCUCAGACUCUUAUGGCAUCUUACUUCAUCCCGUCAUAGCCUCCCUAACCACCCACACCAGGAACCAUACUUCUCCUUCCCUCUCUCGUCCCUGCCCAGACAACUCCUCUUGUUAUAACCCUGUCUCUUCCCGAUUUGCUUCUUCAUUCAACCCAAAGUCUAUAAUCUGGAGUUUACUCUCCCUUCCAGACACAAGUGUUAAUUUGUAGACGUAGUUGCCUGUUUCACAGAAAGCCAGGUCAGCGUGAUCCCUUGUCAUAGAAAUACCGUAUUUAGUUCAUAAUUCAGUGUUAUCCAUGUCUUGCCGGCAGUUCUCCCUCCCCCGACUUCUUCCGGGUUGUGCAAUAACUCUCCCAGAACUUGUUAGUUUCCAUAGUUCCUUCUGUCCAUUAUGAAGCCCUGGAAGUUGGGAAGAGAUGGGACACAUAGGAGGAACCAUCGUCCUUCAGUGGAGAAAUUCCAGCCAUUUCCUCUCUAGCUGCAAUUCUCCUUGUCCUAGAUAGGUUUCUGUGGCUCUGUGUUAGAACAUGUAGCAUAAUGUAGAAAUACAUAUUUUUAAAAAAAAAACUUGUUGAAAAAACCCUCAUGAUGGGGCAUUAAUGUGUUCAAUUUUGAAUAUGGCAUUUAGGAGUAAGAUUUUGGCAUAGUGUUCCUGGAUGCACUGCCAUUCCGGCCUCCAUCUUUACCAAAAGGCAUUCCAGGGUUUUAAAUGGGAUGGGACAGGAUGCUUCCUGUUCACAAGGAGAAGUGGUCUUCAGUACAACCUAGGCACAGGUGGUCCUGCUUUCUUCUCUGGCUGUGGGCCUGCAAACUCAGCCCUUUCCUUGGGUAUGGCUAUGAUGGGGUCGAAUUGCAAACUUCAUCUCCCGAUCUCCAUUUUAAUAAACGGCUGAAAGAUAUGCUGAAGCUGCUGGUGCCCUGAGCAGACCAUAAUGCAAAGGUGGAUACAUUGCCUUUUUUAUUUUUAACCUAUUUUAGCUUGUUUAUUUUAUGGACCAAAUUUCAACAAGGAACUCAAGGAAAAUUGUACCUGCCAUAUUUAUGCAUCUGUGUAAAAGGGUUGUUUUAUCUGUUUUUACUUUUGAUGCAACUUUUUUCCAAAUUCCUUUUCCAUUGUUCCCUCGCCCCGUUUAAAAAGUUACAGUUUUGUAUGAAUUUUUUUUUGUUGAAAAUGUGCAUUUUGAAACAAAUGAGCAACAAAAAUAUUUUCUGAAAUAACUGAAUAAAAGGCAUAGAAUUAUCAAU